AUGUAUGUGCAGUCAUUUUGUGAAGAAAAUGGGUCUUUAGGACCUAAUUCUGGGAGUCAGUCUGUUGAAAAGAAUACCAAUGUUGAUAGAGAUCAACCUGUAGGAACUGAAGGGUCUAAAGAAGCUGUAAAUCCUCCACAGUUUGAUAAUCCCAGUGAGACAGAAGCUAAGAGGUGGAGGCAACUAGCCCUACUUGGUCCCAUAAUGGUAGCACAGGUCCUUACUGUUUGUGCCCACACGUCCACAAGUGGCUGGGCUGGAAUGGCAGGAACACUAUGGAAGGAUGGCAAGUUACUUGGGCUACAACCAAGGAGCUUUCAGGUCCUCAGGAAGAAAUUUGGCUCAGAACAAUCAGAUGGUUCUAGUUCUGGGUUAGCUAAAUUGGCUUGUGAGGAGCAGUCUGUUUAUGACCCCGCGCAGCCGGACUGGACAACUCCUCGUAUAGCCGUCACAACUUCUUUCAACGUCAAGUUGAACUCUUUCUCCAUCUAUACGUUAACCAAAAAAUAA